AUGGCGCGAGGGGUCUCGCGGCGGCUCUGUCCCGAGCGGCCGCGCCGAGCGCAGUUCUGCCAAGGCGGCGCCCCCGAGGCCAGCGGGGGCCCGCCCUCGGAGCUCGCGCAGGCGCUCCAGAAGGAGGUGGAUCCCUCGCGCCAGAAGAACAACGAGCCCAAGGAGGCCGCGCGCUCCGAAUCGGAUCCCGAGACGAAUGCCCGGCGCCAGGAAAUGCUGCGGCGAGCAGUGCGGUGGGCCGCGCAGACCGCCCCCGCCGACGCGGUGGCUUCCCGCGAGGGCGAACUCGCGGCGCUUCGCGAAAGGGAUCGGGCUCUCCGGGCCAGUGGCGCCGUGGAAGAAUGGUUCCGGGGGGUGGACCCCGCCAUGCGGCGCGUCGCACAGCACGUGAACGGGCCUCUCUGCGCAGAGAUCGCGGAGCGCAUUGCCUUCUGCGACCCAGGCUGCGUGGAAUUCUUCAGGGCGGGGGCGCCCCUCGUCGGCGAGCUCCCGCGGUCGGGCCACGGCAGCCCAGAGGUGUUCCCUCCCCGUCUGGGCAUCGCGGAGCUGCUCGGCAACGCCGAGUCGACAAAUCGCGACAUUUCCGGUGGCCUCCGCGACGGCGCGCACGGCGACGCCAUCCUCCGCAAGACACGGGACGAGGCCGAGCUGGGGCGCAUCAGUUGCCCGGUGCCGCUCCGCGACGUGUGCCUGGACGGGGCCGUCAUCGCUCCGAGGUUUGCGGUUGAGCAGCUCCGUGAAGACGGGUCCUCGAAACUCCGGUUGGUCGACGACAUGACCAAGGCUAGGAUUAACGAGGCGACGCGGCCUCAGGAGCGGCUCCACCACGAUGCCGUGGACGCGCUUUUCGAAGCAGCUCGCAUCUUCCAGGCGGCGCGCGUGCUCUUGCGGAUCGCCGCGCUGCGAUACGUGGGUGAUUAUUUUGGGCCGGAUCACCCCGAAGUGGUGGAGCACGCAGCAGCGCAGCUGGCGGAGCUAAUUCAGCUGAUGCUCGGCCCAGGCGCGGCGGCGCCGGACAAGAUCGCCUGGGGGCCCCCGCUGGUCAUCCUCGGCCUCGAAAUCAAGGCGGGGCGGCCUUGGCGCGACGCGCCGGCCGGCCGGCCGUUGUACGCGCAAUCGCAUCGCGGGGCAUCGAAGGCCCAUGAGCCGUUGACGCUUGCCCUGCAGUGGUGGCGCGAGGUCUUGGCCAUGGACUUGUGCCAAGCGCGGCCGUGGGCCGACAAAGCGCGGCCUCGCGCAACUCUCUUCGCGGACGCGUCGGGCCAACCACCGCGCGUGGCCGCGGUGCUCGUCACCGCCACGGGCAUCCGUUUCACUUCCAUGGUCGCCCCGGAUUCCUUGAUGGCGUCGUUCCAGCGUCGCCGGGACAACCAGAUUCAGGAGCUGGAGCUCCUGUCUAUCGCGCUGGGCAUGUGCACCUUUGCAGGCAUUGCUUUCGCGUGCGACUGCCCGCGCCGGCGGGCAGGUUGCGACUUGCAUAUUUACAGCGACAAUACCGGCGCGGAGUCUUGCCUGCGGAAGGGCGCCGCGAAAUCCUUCGACCACUCGUGCAUCGUCCACUCCAUGUGGAGGCGCGCGGUGGAGCUCGACGUUGACCUCGCGGUUUUCCGCGUGCCCACGGCUGUGAAUCUGGCCGAUUUGCCUUCUCGGCGCGCCCGUGCGCGCCGCGCGGUGCAGCGGGCUGGCCGCGGGACGGCCGUCGCCUGGGCUGCUGAUUUCCUGGCUGAGAACGGCUUCGCACGAGCCUGCGAGCUCGCCAGCGCAGACGCCGCAGACCUGGAAGGUUGGCCGGUCACCGCGCAGGCGCCCGUCCCGAGCGUCCUCGACCAGCUGGGCGCGCCGGUCGCGCUGCCAAUAACGCGCGGGCCCUGGGCGGCGCUCGCCGAGGCCGCUGCUCGCCUCCGCAGUCCGGCGGACGCGGCCCGCUGGCGGGGGGAGGAACGCGUUCGCGCGAUGCUGCAACCAUGCGCACGGUCGCUCCCAAGCGUGAGAAGCGGCCUCAAAUGCUGGGGGGCCUACUGCAUCAGAAUGUUGAAAUACCCGUGCAUGCAGCUCCCGCCAGCCUGCGCGGACCUGGUCGCCUGGGGCGCCCUCUUUCGCUGCGGGGAGACGUGCGCAAAUUACUGCAGCUACGUUAAGAUCGGCUGCCUCCUGACUGGGGUCUGCGUCGCCGUGUUCGACCGCCCCGAGGUCAGGCGUGCGCGCGCCGCCGUCCGGGCGCGGGCCGAUUGGACUCCGCGCCCGCGCUUGUUCAUCCGUAAGAGCGCGGUCGCCGCGCUGGUCGAGUUGGGCGCGCGCCGCCCCGAGUGGCUCCGCGCGUCGAUGCUUUUCCUUUUCGCCUACACGUUCUUGUUGCGUGUUCCCAGCGAGGCGUUGCCGGCCGUGCGCGUGGCCGACGCCGGCGACGCGCCGCCCUUUCAAGCGGCGCUAGUGCUGGGCAAAUCGGAGCUCACGCUGCUGCUGCGGCGGCGGAAGAACCGGCCGCAGGGCAGUCGCCUGUCGCGGAAGUGCUGGUGCUCAUCGUGCCGCGCCACGUGCCCCGUGCACACCCUGGGCCCCUGGGUGGCGCGUUGCGGGCUGGGCCGCGGGCUCUUCGGAGGCAUCUCGGCGGCUGCUGCGCUGCGGACCCUGCGCGAGAUGCUCGCUGCCCUCGGUGCUCAGCCGCGGCGGCCCGACGCGCCCCCCGCGCGCGGUUGCUUUGGCGACCGCGUGAAUUUCGCCUACCAAGGCAAGCAGGCCGCGCUCGAGGCGGACGUCGGGACCGCGGAGCGCGACCGCGCGGAGCUGCGCGCGGCGGUGGCGGACGUGUUCCAGCCGCUCAAGGAUGGCACGAUCGAGCAGGACACGGAGUCGAAGGCGGCCGCGCUGGUGACGAAGCUGCAGCGGCUGGUCCACAUGGAGGAGUCGCUGUUCACCGUGGCCCCCGCGGCGCUGGGGAAGGUGCCCGCGGCGCGCGGGCAGUUUGAGCUCAUGGUCGUCAACGAGAUCAGCCAGCAGUGCGCCAAGCGGCUCGCCGCGUUCGACGACCAGGUGGAGCAGGCUGCGCCGGCGAGGGCGGCGAACGCCGACGCGGUGGCAAGGGCGCAGGCCCAGCUCGCCGAGGCACGCGGGCGGCAGCGUGCGAGCGCGGAGGCCUUCACCGCGGCGCGCACGGAGCAGGAGCAGAGCGAGGCCAAGCACGUCGCCGCCGCCAAGGAGCGGAGGGAGGCGGGGCCCCGCCUCACCAGGGCAGAGAAGGCGCUGCAGGACGCGGCCGGCCGGCUGGAGGGCUUCCUCGCGGGCCCGGCCGUGAGUUUCGCCGAGCUGCGCACGCGGACGGCGGCGGCGGAGGAGGAGCCGCCGCUGGAGGCCGCCCCUGUCCCGGCCUCGUGCGCCAGCGAGGUGGCCGCUGCGGCGGGUGCCGCGGCGGCGGGUGCUGCGGAGGUGGCGGCGGUCGCCUGCGCGUGAUCUGGCCGUGACCUGCAAUCGGGCCCGGCGGAUAAUUCAAGUCGCUGCCCCUCGGCAGCGGCCGCACGACGGCGCGGACGGCCGGUCCAGGCGCAUGGAGCCAGCAGAAGGCACCUACGCACAUGCACCACCACGCCUGGCCAGGGGCCCCAUCCUGGGCCCUCGGGUGGCGUUUGACCCUCCUGGCCUCGGCCAGGACGGCGCGCAGGUCUCCCAGGAUGGCCCUCUGGUUACUAUGGUGGUGGGGCCAUAUAGGCGCCUUCUGCCCAGCAGUGGGCGUGCCCUCGGGCGCGCCGAGGCCUCGUGUGGGCAAUCCACGUCGGAGCUUCGCCAUGGCUCGUGCCACGAGCCAGCCGUGCGCCGAGAGGGUCUGUCCGAGUCAACUUGCCAUGUGCGGGGACGGGACAUGUUGGCUCUGACCAGAUCCGUAUGUAUGAUUGUGCCACGGCGGCAGCGCGAGUUGGGAGUCCGCGUUGCAGCAGUGUCUUGCUAAGGCAGCAUUGGGAGUGCAGUCGCCACAGAGAA